AUGCAGGUCGCAGACGCACCAUCCGAGAUACGAAGGAGUUCCGACCUCGGCUCUGUCAGUUGGAAACACCUGGGGCUGGCUGCCUUGGUCUCCUACGCUUUGGGCAUCUGCACAUUCCUCCUUUGGUCCGCCCUGACUGCCCUGACUCGGCCGAAUCCACGUGGUCCCAAUGGGCCGAAGGUGCUGAAAGACUCAGAGUAUCCUCCAAAGUAUGGCAAGAUACCUGAGAAAACGAUCUGGUUCUACUACAACAAGGGUUGGGAUCCCAUGCCCAACCGUUUGGUUGACCUUUGUGUUCAAAGCUUUUGUGUUAAUAACCCAGAUUGGAACUUUGAGUUUGUGAGCGAUAGCAAUGUGCUGGAGUAUGUGAGCCCAGAGAUGCUACCAGAUGCGUAUUGGACCUGGCAUAAGCCCGCCAACAAGAAAGAUAUGGUCAUGGCCAAUGUCUUGGCGUUGUACGGAGGCGUGGCAGCGGAUUCCACCAUUCUGAAUUUCAAAUCGCUGAAUGUGCUGUGGAAUCGCAUGUUGACGGAUGCUGCGGAUGCCGUGGUCUACUGGUACAGAUUCACUGAACCCUGGCCAGAACACGACAGUUCUGCUGCGUGGUUUUUCAUGGCGCGUCGAGACACAGGGAUCUUCAGACGCUAUGCGCAAGACAUUAAGACCCAUUUUGGCAAUGUGCACCUCGACGUCUCGCGCGUUGGAGGAAAACCAUACCUGGCCUUUGCCACUGGAACUGUCGAACCUAUCAUGAUUGAGAUCAACAGUUCACUUCCACUUUGCUCAACUGAUCCCAACACAGCUGGCCGCAAGACAUGUGCCACUGCUAUGACACAUCAUGUUGCGGCAAACAAGGAUUUGAACAAUACCAAAGUUGUCUUUUUGGACCCCAAUGACCAAAACCAUGGUCCUCAACUGAACACUUGGGAUGCACUGUGCAUCAACAAUGGCUUCCUGGAUUGUCCCACUCCCUCACUUUCACGUCCCAGUGCAAAGGAUCUCUGGGAGCAAUAUCAGGGUCGCAAAGACAACCCAUACUUCACAAUGAUCAAACUCUUUGGCGGCGGGGGGAGAUUUGCCAAACAGCAUCCGGAGCUUCUGCUGCUCAACAAAGACGAUGAGAGAGAAAAUGUGAUGAGCAUGUGGUUCAAAGAUGCUGGAAUUGAGCUGGACAAGCCCAACUACUGUGGUUCUAUCUCCGGGCAGAUGUUGAAGAAUGAAGGUCUUCGGUCCGAAACAACGGACCAGUCCGCAUCGACAUUUCGAUUUCCAACCGAAUACGUCUAG